AUUUCACCACACGACAGUAGACAGCUGACUUAUUAAACCCCAAAAUACGUAUCUACGAGUUACGACCCAGCUAAUAGAUUUAGCUAAAGUUCGAGUAUAUGGUUUUUGUAUUUUGAUAUCACAUUAUUGUAGAACUACUAAAUUGCUUACGAAAUAAGGAUUUUUUGCUUUUGGCAUAACGCGAACGCUUUUUCAUAGUCACCGAGGAUUUAUUUCUAUUGUAAAAAAUGACUUCAGGGCCAUACAAUUAUUCUUAUAUAUUUAAAUAUAUUAUCAUUGGCGACAUGGGGGUUGGUAAAUCUUGUCUUCUACAUCAGUUUACAGAGAAAAAAUUUAUGGCAGACUGCCCUCAUACUAUUGGUGUCGAGUUCGGAACCAGAAUUAUUGAAGUGGCAGGUCAGAAAAUCAAGCUUCAGAUAUGGGAUACCGCUGGACAAGAGAGGUUUCGAGCUGUAACUCGCUCUUACUACAGAGGGGCAGCAGGUGCCCUUAUGGUAUAUGAUAUAACAAGAAGAUCUACUUACAAUCAUUUAAGUAGUUGGCUGACAGAUACUCGCAACUUGACUAAUCCUAGUACUGUAAUAUUUUUGAUUGGAAAUAAAUCUGAUUUGGAUGGCCAAAGAGAUGUUACAUAUGAAGAGGCAAAGCAAUUUGCAGAUGAAAAUGGAUUAAUGUUUGUUGAAGCCAGUGCAAAAACUGGUCAAAAUGUGGAGGAAGCUUUCCUUGAAACAGCAAAAAAGAUAUACCAAAGCAUUCAAGAUGGCCGUUUGGAUUUAAAUGCUGCGGAGUCUGGAGUUCAACACAAACCUGCCUCCCCUGGGCGUCCACUUGCAGCACCUCCUGCCUCACGGGACAAUUGUGCCUGCUAACUCACAUUCAACCCUGCCCCAUACAAGACUAUGGUAACAUAUUGCCCCAAUUAAAAAUAUGAUUUCUAUCCAAUGUGUGUAAUUACUAAAAUAAUUAACAUGCUAGUUUUUUGUCUAUAUGGUCGGUGAGGGUUUAAACUGUCUCGUGAUGCAGGUAUUAGGAACAUGAGUAUCUAAAUUAAUUUGCUUUUUUAAGUAUAGUAUAUUUUAAAAUAAUAUUAUUGGUAAUUACACAAAUUUAGAUGAAAAAUUCAAGUACUAGCAUCGAAAUCAAAAUAACUAUACCGUGUAUUUACUUUUUAAUGGUCCAUAUUUUAUAACAUCGUCUUGAUCACUUUAAAAUGUCCAUUUUUUUAAAAUAUCUAAUAAUAAUUUACUGUUUACCUUUUAGAAUACUGGUUUUAGACACCCGAAAUCAGUUUUCAAUACAUCCAUAUUUUAUUUAUCCAAAUUUAUUGAAUUUUAGUAAAUGAGGUCUUGGAAUGGAAUAUAGACUCAGGCUACUCUGACUUUGUUUAUAUUUAAUGCAAAUAAGAUGGCAAGCAAUAUCGACUUUGUAUCUAUUAUAAUUUUGACAAAUUGCUUGUAGAUAACUGGGAACAAAUUAAAUUUUCUGAAAAUU